UCUAAAAACAGCCUCAUCAAUUCACCAUAAUAAACCCAACACCACUCGUACGGAAAAUCCCUUUUUAAUAACUCCCCCACCCCUAAAUUCCUAGGGCAUUCUCGUUAAUAUACCCUUAAUCUAAGGGCAUUUUCAUUUCAAACCGGCCCCUCCCUUUAGCUUCUUCUCCUUCCUUCUUCAUCACUCAUCAUUUUCAUCUCUCCUUCCCAUAACAUAACAUAACAUAACAAACAAACAACCUCCCCGUUUCUGCAACUCCAAUACUCUUUUCUCUCACUCUCCUCUUCAACACAGAAUACCAUGGACACCAACCUCGAACCUCCAAACUCUACCUCUACCUCUACCACCACCGUUAAUGGUAGUGGUUUUCUUUCUCCUCCGUCCCCGACAACACUUGACGAGGGGGACGACGACGAGUUCUAUGUAGAUGAUAGUAACUGUUCAACGCCGUAUGUUAGUGCGCCUUCUAGUCCAGGACGGUCUUACUAUCCUUCUGGAUUCUUCUACAGUGCUCCUGCUAGCCCCAUGCAUUUCGUCCUUGCUACUGCUCAGGCGAGAUCCUCUGCCGGCGGUGGAUUGAUUCCGGCGACUUCUGACGCUUCGUCUUCUAACGGUUCGUUUGAGUUCGAGUUCUCCGCCCGAUUUGACUCGCCUGCACCGGAGAUCGGCCCGGCUAUGUCGUCCGCUGAUGAGUUAUUUCUGAACGGUCAGAUCCGUCCGAUGAAGCUCUGCGCUCAUUUACAGCGGCCGCAGAGGCUUCCCUCUCUGACAUUGCUUGAAUCUGAGAGAGAAGACGAGGAAGACGAUGAGUUCGAUGAUGAUGGAAAGAGCAAUGUGUUUCAGAGGUCGAGGUUGAGGAAUAGAUCUCAACGGAGAAGAGCUCGUUCUCUCUCUCCUCUCCGAAGUACGGUGCCGUUGGAGUGGUACAGCUCAGAAGACGUCGUUUCGACUCCAAAGAAGGCGGCAGGAGAAAAUGAGGACGGGGAUGAAGGAGGUGAGAAGGAGAAGGAUGGGGGAACUGAAAGUGAAGCGACGCCGUCGGGAAGUUCGUCGCGGUGUUCAUCGGCGGGGAGGAGUUCGAAACGGUGGGUGUUUUUGAAGGAUUUUCUGAGGAGCAAGAGUGAAGGAAGGAGUAACAAUAAAUUCUGGCAUAAUAUUAACAUGUCGUUUUCUCCGGCGAAGGAGAAGAGAGAGAAAGGGAACGGGAACGGUAAUGUGAAUGCAAACGAAAACGCAAAUGCGGCGUCGUAUUCGGAGGAUAAAAAGUCAAAGAAGAAGGAACUUCCGGCAGCCAAGGGGAAGGGCGGUGCAGCCGGGAAAAGGAGGUCGGCGCAUGAGGUGCACUACGCUGCGAACAGAGCUCAAGCAGAGGAGAUGAGGAAGAAGACAUUUUUACCCUACAGGCAAGGAUUACUUGGUUGUUUAGGGUUUAAUUCCAAGAGCUAUGGGGCACUUAAUGGCUUUGCUAGAGCCCUUAAUCCUGUCUCCUCUAGGUGAUAUCAUCAUCAUCAUAAUCAAAACACUAAACAAAAAAACCCAAAUCAAGUCUAUUGAUUAAUAGGGUUAUUAAAAAUAUGUUAAAAAAAAGAUUAUUUUUGUAUAGAGGAUUUGAUUUUCUUAAUUUUCUCCUCCUUUGGUUUGAAUUAGGCUCCCUUUUUUCUCUUUUGAUUUGUGUAUUUAGGUUAAUACAUGAUUGUGUUCAUGAUUACAAUUACAAAAUGUGUAGAUUAUGAUUGUUGGGUGCCUUCUCUUUUUGUCUUCUAUGGAGGAGAGGAUUGAUUGUAGUAGCUUUUAUUUUUGGUUUCUAUGGUGGAAACAUUUGGAAAAGAGGUUGUAGAGGGUUCUUUUUA